GUGCCAGCUUCCAGUAGAGCAGUUGGCUGGAAAGAAGCGAGUUGGGUAGAAGCCGUGCUCUGUCUCCAGUCCUCUGCACAGUGCAAGUCGAGAGCCACCUGUUAGCUUGUUUGUGUUCUGUGUUGUUGCACCAUGUAGGUGACCCGUGCCACCCUCCAUCAGUUAACGGUGUAAUUCUCAAGAUGGCGCAGAUAUACGACCACUUUGUGUACAAGCCCGUGGAUAAUUAUGAUUUAUCCUUAAACAUGACGGAUCCCAAUGCUGAGGCAUACAUGUCCGGAGAUCAGACAUUCCACACGCCAAGUUUUGGCGACGAAGAGUUCGAAAUUCCUCCUUUAAAUUUACCAACAACUGCAGAUGCGGAAAGCAACUGCCACGUAUACAAUCAUCAGUCAAUGAAUCAUCACGAAGACAACCAAAUGGAUCCACCCCCCUGCAGCCAAACAAUGGGUCGGCCAGUUAUGACUCCUACAAGUUCCAGUCACACUAUGACAAUGAUCGAACCUCAGUAUCCACAUCACAGGCCUCAUAACGUAUACGUAGGGCAAAUGGGCGUUAAUGAACAAAUACCUCCACAUUCCUUACAUGUACAGAUUCAAUCUUACGAUCACCAUCCUAUUUACAGCGGUGGUCACAUACAGUCUCAGUCUCAGUCUCACAUGCAAGCGGCACAUUUACAUAUGAUGCCACCCCAGAAUCCAAUACACAACAGUCCAAUUGUUAAUGGGCACUCUCCUAUGCUCAAUCAAUCGCAGACUAAUGGGCAGAUGGGAGCUCAGAUUAGCCCCAUGUCUGGCUCGCCACCUGGUUCUACUCAUACUUCACCCGGUUUCGAAACAAGUGAAGAUAGUGAUGACAGCACACCUUUGACUCAGUUAAUCGGAGGGAUUAAGAGACCUUCUCCCGAGCCGAUUGACAGCUCCAUCAACAGAAUGACCACCCACAAAAAGCCAAAAGUACAGAAGAAGAAGAAGAAGAGAGAUCCAAACGAACCGCAAAAACCAGUGUCUGCCUAUGCACUUUUCUUCCGGGAUACUCAAGCAGCUAUCAAAGGACAGAAUCCAAACGCCAGUUUUGGUGAAGUGUCCAAAAUUGUCGCGUCCAUGUGGGACAGUUUAGACGCUGAUCAUAAAAACUUGUAUAAAAAGAAAACCGAAGCAGCCAAGAAGGAAUAUUUGAAAGCCUUAGCUGCUUACAGAGCUAGUUUAGUCUCGAAGGCAGCUGCCGAUCAGUCUGACGUCAUGUACGGAAAUUCCGUCAGUCCUACAUCUUCAUCAGCCACAUCUCCCGUUAAUUCAUCGCCCGGUCACGUGUCGAUGUUGUCACCCCUUCAGAAGAAAUCCCCGUUACUAACAUCCCUGAUGGAAGGGAAUUCCCCUUUGGCAUCUCAACUGCAACAGCAGCAGCAGCAGCAGCAGCAUCCUGUAGUGCCAGGCCAAAUGUGGCGCUCCAUCAGCAACAUGUACUUCACUGUCCCACAGCCCGUCAACAAUAACCAUCCAAUGUCUCAUCAUUCCAUGGGUCAGAUGCUACAUCCGCAAUCGAACCAGAUGCUACAACAGCAACAAAUCAUCCAGCCUCAAGGGGUCAGUCAGUCUAUGAAUUCCAGCAGUUCGUACACUGUCAUGUCCACGAUGGCAACGCAGAACAGUAUUCCGGGAUCCGAGGUUUCUCGAAACUGUCUUCGUAAUAAUAUUGAAACGACGCAAUGGGAGCAAGAUUACCCCAAUAACGAUUGCGUCAUUACUCAUUGCAGCAGGGACGCAUUUAACUCGUGGUUAGAACCCCGCCCUCCCCAAAACACGUAUGCAUCGGUCAAGUAGAGGAUUCCUUCGUAGAAAAGAAUCAAUCGUGUGGAUGUUGUCAGGAGGAUUUUCGAUUCCAGUAUUAAAAAAUAUAUAUAUAAUAAAAAAAAAUAAUUAAACCAUAUUAAAAAUUUAAUAAAACACCAUACAACACGGAUAUGAAGCUAUAAACUCUGAAUGACCUUUUGAUGACCACCAUGAUGAUUAACAAAACAAAUAAGAAUCCAAUUAAUAAUAUUGAUCGUAAUAGUAAUAUUGAUGAUGUGGAUGAUAAUGAUGAUGAUGAUGAUGAUGAUGAUGAUAAUGUUGAAGCAAAGCUUCAGAAAAAAAAUAAUGAUAAUAUUGAUACAAACUCGACUAUGUACCGUGUCCCAAUAUUGAAGACAGUUUUAUCGCUGUCUAUAAAAGCUUCCUUCCUAAAAAUUUCAAAAAAAA